CUAUUGGCACUGGUUACUAGUUAUACCUAGUGGACUUCUCUGGUACUGGAAGCAAGAACUGGUGCCGGCCAAUAGAGCCAGACUUGAAAUUCGGCCAUGUUGAAUUUCUCCGUGGUUUUGGGCGUGGGGACCACUUUUGAAAACUCAGCUGGGGUUGGGAGAGAGUGUUUGAUCAGCAUGAAUCGUAUCUAAGAUUGGAUAUUGUAGUGUGUUUAUAAUAACAUUCAUGUGCGGUGAAAGUAAGUGCUAUUGACGGUACUGUUUGUGAGUCGUUGGAACAAGAAAAGAAGAGGAAGAAUCGCUCAAAAUGGGUGUCAUUCGGGCCCUUUGGGUCACGAUGGCCGUGAUCAACGCAUGUCAGGCGUUAAAUUUGGCACCCUACUUUACCGCAGAUAUGAACCAACAUACUUUGACCGAAAACACAGUGGUUGGAACGGUCAUUUAUCAAUUGAAGGGUGAAGAUCCCGAAGGAUCCAGGGUCCAAUUUGGUCUUCAGGGCACAGACAUGCUGACCGUGGAUCCCGAUUCUGGGGAGGUAACCGUGGUGGAAAUCAUUGAUCGAGAGUCAAGACAAGGCAUCAACGACAACGAGAUCCGACUCACGGUCACUAUUCAAGAUGAGGUCCAAGAAGGUCAAGGCACUCCGAAUGUGGUACGAGUUCCGAUUUCCGUCAUCGUUUUGGAUGAAAACGACAAUGAGCCGGUGUUCCAAGGCCUACCCUACAAGAUUGCCAUCAAUGAAGACACUCCAGUAGAUACAACUAUAUUCAGAGCCAUUGAGGUGACGGAUGUGGAUCUCGUCGGUGAGGUGUUGGAGGUGAAAUGUCUCCGAUUAGAAGAAUUCCGCACGUUGUGCGACUACUUUGAAAUCGUUCCACGACGAAGAGAAACAGACCAUGACAUGUUCCGCGGAUCGGUUGUUCUCAAAAGACCUUUGGAUUACAAAGAAAGGCAGAUCUUCAGGAUGCCGAUCGCGGUUUACGACGGGAAAUUUACGGUCAAUUCCGAGAUUUUGUUCACAAUCAUCGAUGUACAAAACACGCCUCCAGUAUUUAGUGGUUCGCUUACGGGCAUCGUGAAUGAAGAUGAUCCCAUUGGCACACGUGUACUUCAAAUCAAAGCCAAAGAUGGAGAUUCCGGAAGCCCUCGAAGAAUCAUUUAUGACUUGGUAGAAAACCCAAAUGAUUACUUUGUCAUUGAUGUAAACACUGGCGAAAUCAGAGUCGAUCGAGAACUUGACCGCGAAUCUCUAACCGCAUCAUCUGGAGUUCUAUCCUUGAAGGUCAGGGCCUCAGAGUUGGUGAAUGGCAUUCCUGGCACAGAUGCGACAACAAGCUCAACGGCAGAUGUUACUAUUACCAUUCGAGAUGUGAAUGAUGAGGCUCCUACUUUCAAUCAACAAGAAUAUGACGUCUCCAUCACUGAGAAUGUUCCAUUUGGAACACCUCUGGCCAACUUGAACAUGGAAGUGAAAGACACGGAUACCGGUCCAAAUGCACUAUUCAAACUCAGUCUGAUCGAUAGUACCGGAAAGUUUUCCGUGGAGCCAAAAAACGCAAACGGUCAUAGUGCUGUUAGUAUCAAAGUGAAUUCCAAGAAGUUGGAUUAUGAGAAUCCCAAUGAAAGGAAAUUCUUGCUUUUGGUUGUGGCCGAAGAGACCAACACCAAAGAGGGCCUUUCCUCCACAGCCACCGUCACAGUUCAAAUUCAGGAUCUCAAUGACAACAGUCCAGUUUUUGAAAAGAACUCGUAUACAGCAUUGAUCUCUGAAGACGCCACUGAAGGCACUGAAGUUAUUACAAUCAACGCCAAGGACAGGGACAGUGAAGAUUUUGGAACCCAAGGAAUUCGUUAUCAGCUCCGUGGAACCGGUGCAGAGCUCUUCAACGUGGAUCCAAUCACAGGGAAGAUCACAGUGGCUGCCUGUGCGACCAAUUGCUUGGAUUACGAGGUCACUAAGGCAUACUUUUUAUCUUACUCCGCAACUGAUGACAACGGGGAAGGGAAAAAGACGGUGGUUAAUCUCCGCAUAACUGUUGGAGAUGCAAAUGACAACCCUCCUUUGUUUGAAAGAGAUUCUUACUUUGCGACGAUAAAUGAAGGCCAAGCAGAAUUCCAACCGAAGCUGGUUCUACGUGCCAAUGACGUGGACGAUUCAUCUAGUCUAACGUUCACUAUUAAGGAUGGCAAUAUCAAUGAUCUCUUCUCUCUUCAUCCCAAAACGGGUGAGAUUAAGGUAAAAGCCAAAGGUGGCCUUCGGUUGGACAACAUUCCAACCGACAGAAUUCAACUGAGUGUGGAGGUGACUGACGGAAAUAGCGUGGAUUAUGUGACUGUGGAGAUAGCUGUGAAAGAUGUCAACGAUCGACAUCCAACGUUCGAGAAAGAAAUGUACAUAGCUUCAGUGCCCGAAGAUGCUCCAAUUGGAUCCCCAAUUGAGAAUGUGAUGGCGACUGACGCAGAUUUUGGCCCCAACGCAAAGAUUGCGUACCGAAUACAGAAGGGAUCGUACGAUGACUUUCAAGUGGAUCCAACCUCCGGUCUCAUAACCAUUUCCAAUGAGUUGGACUUUGAUCGAAGGGAAGGCUACAAUAUUGAGAUCAUCGCUUACGACCAAGGCGUUCCAUCUCUCUCUGGAACGACAACCUUGGCCGUGACAGUCAUGAACAAAAACAACAAGGCUCCGUACUUCCUACCUUCAACCCAGCGCACCCAAAUCACAGAAGACACGGCAGUGGGCGAUCUUGUGAUUCAACUAAAUGCCACCGAUCCUGACAUAAGUGAUCAAGUCGAUAUUCUUUACUCGAUUGUUGAGCCCAUCACAGCCGUGGAUAAGGAUGGCAAGCAAGUGGUUGGGACAGAAUUGUUCAAGCAGUUCUUCUCGGUGAAUGACACCACAGGCCAAGUGUUCGUGACCAAUCCAUUGGACAGAAACGUAGCCGCCAUUGUCUCUUUAACGGUUCAGGUAACUGACGAAAGUGCUGACCCUCCCCAAUAUGGCAUUGGAACUCUUGUUAUCACUUUGGUUGACAUCAACGACUUUGAGCCGAGAUUCCAAGAGCCUUGGACAUUGGAGAGUCCUUAUAUUUCAAUAACAGUGCCCGAGGAACAACCCAAUGACACGAUAGUGUACAAAUUUGGAGCCUCUGACGUCGACUCCAAUAUAGAUUCGUUCAAAAUCAUUCCCAAGAACAAAUUCUUCCAAGUCAAUCCCGGGACAGGCGAACUCAUCGUCCAGGAUCGAAUUGAUUUCGAGUCUUUGGAGCAGAAACGCAUCACUUUCGACGUGGUGGUCUUUGAUGCUGGCGUGCCUCAAAAAAGCGCCUCGGCCGUGGUCAUUGCCAAUAUUGAGAAUCUAAACGACGAGACGCCCAAAUUUACUCAAAAGGAAUACCAGACCUCAUUAUACGAGAACUCUGAGCCGAACACACCCAUUCUCCAAGUGGAAGCCUUGGAUAGCGACGAAGGUGACUUUGGUCAGGUUAAUUACCAACUGACGGGUGCCCACAGGAAUGCCUUUUCCAUCGGGAGCCAAGAUGGACGGAUAAGUGUCAUUGAUUCAUCGAUUCUAGAUCGAGAGCGGGUCGAGUUUAUUGUAUUGAAAGUGGUAGCUUCUGAUUUGGCACCAACUGGUUCUCGACGCUCAUCCAUUGUGCCCGUCAACAUCACGAUUCUAGAUGUGAACGAUAAUCAACCGAAUUUCAUUCAACGAGACUACGAAGUCACGAUCGUCGACAACAUCCCUUACUACCCCGAACCAUCCCCCAUUGCUCAAGUGGCAGCCAUGGAUGUAGAUGAAGGAAUCCACGGACAACUCCAUUUCUCGAUUGUUGAGGGCAACGAAGACAACCAAUUCUUCAUCGACGCCGACGAAGGUGUUCUGUAUCCAAACGCCUCCUUCCAAGGCCAGAGCGGCAAGAGUUACGAAAUCAUGAUCGUAGUCAAUGAUGAAGGUGGCAAUGGCUCUUGGACACAAUUAGAUCGUGCCAAAGUCAUUAUCCACAUCGAGAAUGUGAAUACUCAUAAGCCAGAGUGGUUUCCAGAUCCCCCUCCCGAUCAGACCAUUGAAAUUCCUGAAGAAUCAGCUGAGGGUGAUAUCGUGAUCCUCAAGGUAAAUGCCCGGGAUAGAGAUGUUGGAGAGAAUCAAAGAAUUAGCUACUUCAUCAAAGACAACAACUUCAACGUCAACAGGGCAGGUAGAUUCAGUAUGGAUGAGGUCACAGGAGAGCUCAAGGCUUUGGGACGAUUUGACCGAGAAGUUCGAGAAAGGUACGAACUGGUCCUUGUUGCCAGGGAUCAUGGAACUCCCGUUGCUUUUGAGACCUUGCGAUUUGUCACUGUCGUCAUCACCGACAUAAACGACAACUUCCCGACAUUCCCGAAGGGAGUUGGUGGUGACAACAUGAUUCGAUUCACCGUACCCGAAGAAGAGGAGCCUGGCUUUUUCGUGGGCCGAGUGAAGGCCGAAGAUCCCGACACUGGCAAAAACGGCCUGGUCUAUUAUUACAUCGUUGGCGGGAAUGAGGAGAGAUGGUUCAGCAUUGAUAAAACCUACGGCAACAUCUACACGAAGCGACAUUUGGACAGGGAAACACGGGAUGCGUUUGAAGUGAUCAUCAAGGCAACAAAUAACGCCGAUCUGGUAUGCGAGGGGGACACUUGUGACAUCGACAUGGAAACUCAAGAUCUUCACGAUAGCUCCAUCAUGAAGGUGCAAAUCUUCGUCGAGGACAAAAAUGACAAUUUGCCGCAAUUCCGUAGUGACGAAUUUUUUGUCGGCAUUCCAUUCAAUGCCAAAGUUGGGGAUCUUAUUCUAAAUGCGGAGGCCCACGAUCCCGAUCUGGGCGGACCGGGCGACUUGAGCUACGCACUAAGAUCGUCCGAUCUCUAUCGAGCAGGUAGCACCACUUCGUCAGGCUCUUUGGUGCCCUCACCUUUUAAAAUGGAAGGGAAUGGCAGACUCACGUUGGGAGCUCUGAUCGCGGAGUUCAAUCAGGAUCGCUUUGUGAUCGAUAUCGAGGCCAAAGAAUCCAAUUCCAAUCACAGGGCCAAGGCCCGAGUUAAUCUUUGGGUGUACGAACCCGAGCAACUCAUCAAAUUGGUCAUUGCCAAAACUCCCAAAGAGGUCAAUGCUGAUAAGAUGAAGAUCAUCGCGGAGCUCCGAAACGUCACCCAACAAGUCAUCGUUAUUGAUGAUAUCCGCUUUCAUAUUCAUGAACAGGAUGGACUUCAACGAGACAUGACGGAUAUGUUUGUCCAUGCCGUGGACGAGGAAACGAAUUCGAUCUUGAUGCCGAAGGAUGUACUCAAAUCGGUCGAUUCUAAUUAUGAGCAUCUCUCGCUCUACUACGAGGAGGCAGGGAUCCAUACCAUUCAGCCUGCCACCGAUGUCAGGACUGAAACAACAUCAGUCGACUCGAAUCUAAUUGCCCUGAUUGCCCUGCUCAUUAUCAUAUUCUUUGGUGCCAUCAUGUUCGUUAUCCUUUGUUGCUGUAUGAAAUCUUGGAUAGCCAAGUCCUCCGCCAAGCCUGAAAAAUUGAAGGACUACCACACUUCUUCUAUGCCAAUCUAUAACUCGGCCUCAAUCAUCGAUGAGGGCACCUCACCCAUCACACCCGGUCCCGGUGGAGGCGGAACGGAUAAUCCCUUGUGGAUCGAUCAACAGUAUAAGGCCUACGAAGAGCAGGAGCUAACUAUGACCGUGUUCAGCGAUCAAGAGAACAGUGUCAUCAGUGGGACCGGCACAAGUACCAACGGCAAUGGUCAUCCCGACAUGUCCUCUCGGAUUGGCAGCGUUAGUCGAGCCUCGCACCUCGAUACUCAAAGCAAUGCAUACGCCACUAUCAAUAAGUUACCUAUGGUUCCUUCCAGCCGGAGGAGUCUUUUCAACGGCACUCUCGGCUUGCACGGUCCGGAUGGCGAGCCCGCUCCUGACUAUGCCACUUUAGAGAAGUCUCAUCGGUCUCCGCCGGGUCCGGUGGUCCCUGGCAUUCACUCCACUCCUCUCCAUCAGAGCUCGCUGCCUAGACGUUUCUCCAAUGACUUCAGCGGGUCUCGCUCCAAUUUCAUCAUUAACAAGGAAGGAGAGCCGGAAUUAGUGGCUGACCUCAUUUGAACGAGCGAUCUUAGGGCUUUUUCUCCUUAAAAACAUGACCGAACUCGCAGCAAAAACGACUCAAGUGAGUUUCGCGCCAAAUUAUCCAAGGGUGCAUUUCUAAUUGAUAUGAGGAUGGCCGUGGUGCCAGCCCAGCUUACUGUGAUAUAUUUGACAGCGUUGUCACCCUUCAUAACGACGUCCUUUCCUUCCCCAAGCGAGCUGUAUCUCAUAAACUCAAAUUCCAAGGGCCGCUGACAACGCCUGGUUAGCUAGCGAUUCAGUUAUGGCUUAUGCUAUUUGUUGUGCUCCUGCCAGAGCGCUUUCGCGUGUGAGACUAAAUUUCGCACAAGUCCUCACGAUGAUUAAUGCGCGAGUGCAUCGAAAUUCAAGAAGGGUGUCUCGUCACCCCAGUUCAUGUUCCUUUUCUGCGAUUUCCAUUCAAUACCAUUCUUGGCUGUUAUUCGUCGAAGAAUGGCUUCGAAUUUCUUGUCGCCUUGCUCGAGAAGAAGAUCAAUCAAAACGUUGAAAAAGAGGGACUUCAAUUCCAGCAAUUGCCCUGUCAACACACUUUUAUCUCAUUCCCCUAUUGCUCCCUGUACAUAUCCUAGUUGAAAAGAAAUAAAAUACGAUCUAACUAAUCCCAAAUACAAUCAAACACACAAUCAGGCGUU